AUGCUCCGCGAAUGUCUCCAUUUAAGCUAUGUCCAUCUUUCAAACCUUGGACUCGAAAUCCCCCACAUCUGCCCAAUUGAGACUUGUACCGGCUUUUCGGCACAACAUCCCCCCACAGCCAAGCCUGACACUCGGAGCUGCACAAAGAUACGAGGUAGCUGCUACACCAGCUUCAUUGGUCUAUUGCCGAAUGGUAACAAAUAA